AUGUUAUCUCAAUCUUCUAUGUUUCUCAAUUCUAUUUCGUCUCAAAAUUCGCUUUCCGGUGAAAUCGUAGAAAAAUCACAAAACACAACAAAAUUUCCUUCGUUAGAUAUGUCUACUCAUUUUAUAAAACCACCAUUUCCACCAAUGAUUAAAGUAUCCGAUAUAAUCUCUAAAAGAGAUCCAACUCAAAUAAGUUUAAAAGGCCCGAAUGCUUUUUUAAUUUAUCGCAAGGCAUUUUUAGAACAUUUAUCAAAUUUAAUGCAUUUAACUUCCAACUCAUCAUCUUCUUUAAUUGGUAAUGAAAGGGAACCAAAAGAUUAUGGUAUAAAAUCGCAUUUAAAAAUGACAGAAUUUUCAAAAUUUGUUAGUAUUUGUUGGAAUUCAGAACCAGAAUUCGUUAAAGAAACAUAUAAAUGCAUGGCCAAACAGGUCAAAGAUGAAUUGGAACAAUUAAGAAAGAAUAAUUCAUCAAAGAUAGGUAGAUCAAAAGUUAUUUGGAGAAAUGCGAAAUGUCCAUUUAUGAAGAAGAAAAAAGAUGAGGAUUCAAGUACACGGUUACUUAAAAAUAUUAAUCAUUUAAGAAAAGAAAAUAAUAAAGAACGUGAGAAUAGUGGUAAAGAGAAAGGAAAUGUGAAUAUAAAGAAAGAAAAGUCGAGGUCUAAAAAUGGAAAUAUUGGAAAUUCAAAAACAAAAGAAUCUGCAAAUAAUAUUGUAUAUGAAUUUGUUUCUAUAUCACCAGAAACUAUAAAAGCUAGUCAACCAAAGGAAAAAUCAAAGCUUAGAACAUCCGAAGAUACACCUUGGGUUACUGAAUCUGCUUUUACAGUUACUCCAAAUUCUAACUUCACAAGUACAACAACACCUGAACUUAUUAAUAACGAUUAUAAUAUUGCGUAUUCCGAAGUACAUUCAUCAAACAAUUUGAAUUAUAUUACAAGUGAAGAAAUUGAUUGGAAUUUAAAUUUCUUAACUGCGCAAUAUCCAGUGGAACAAAUAUUUUAUGACAAUUGUAUGUUUCAAAAUCUUUCACAGGGAUUACCAAAUGAGAGAAUUGGUGUUGAUUUGCAGGAUUUAUAUUUACAAGAUUAUCUCUGA